UAAAAGUAACGGAUUCAAAUUGUUAGUAAAGAGCUUGCCAAACUAAACGGAGCUUGAUGAUAACAAAUAGAAGCUGUGAAACUUGAAGAUCUCUUAUCAUAUCAAUUAAAGAAACUUUUUUUCUAUGUAUCUCAUCAAUUUGCACCACCGAACCCAAAAAUUGCAGCUAUACAAGAAGCUUUCUAAAGGUCCAAAGACUUGUUUUGAGCUAGAUUAUUCAAGGCAAAACCAAUACUUUCCAUUUUAAAAACACAACUGAAUUCAUUUUCUCUUGGUUUAGUCCCACUAAAGAAACCGAAUUUAAGUUGAGCUAAAGACCUCGACAAUACUCAUGGGUGUGUAUAGCCACUCACCAGAUUUGAUAAUAGACCUAAAGGCCAAAGUGUAGCACCAUUUCAACAUACAAAUGUUAAUAAAAGAGAUCUAAUGAAAAUCAAACAUAAGGGUAAGGGAAUUGAUACCAUACUUUCAAGUCUUUUACCACUAGACUAGCUACUACUACCAAUUAGUUAACAAGAAAAUCUAGACUUUGUAACUCAUCAAAGUAAAAAACGAAAUCAUUAAAAGAUAGAAUGGUCGCAGGUUAUACAAACAAAUUGAAAAAGAAAACUUCAUAGUUUUGUUUUUACUAAUUCAUAACUAAGAAAAUAGGAUCCAAUUUUUACAAGGGUAUCAAAACAUACUCACCGCUACUAUAUAAUAUUUGAAGUCAAUUCCCAACUGCAAUUAUUAGACCAACAAGACAAUAAUUCAUAAAUCUAAUAAACAAUGUUGCAUAAAGAUAUAUGAUGAGAGGGUUAUUGUUAUGUUCUUCCUCUCAAUACACAUCUCCAAAGUCUUACCUUUAGACAUGGCCAAAUCAUUUUUCUCUGUCUCCUUCUUCUUCACCGUCUCUCUUCUCUUUCUCCUCACGGCGGCUUCAGCAACCGCAUUUGCAGAGAACGUUACUAGUGAGUUGAGAUAUGAUGGAUGUUCUCCUGGAGACACCGUUGGAGAAUGCAUAACCGCGGCGGUUGAGGAUGAUGAUGAAGGAGUUGAGGCGUUGGUGCGGCGGAUUCUUCAACAAAAAAGGUAUUUAAGCUACAAAACUUUGCAGAAGCAGCCGACUUGUGAUGGAAGAAUUGCCGGUAAUUGCAUAGGAACUGUUAAUCCAAAAGGUUCAACUUGUACUUACUACCAAAGAUGCAAACGUGCCGCCUAGUUGUUUCUUUGUUUUUACAAUUGUAUUUUUUCUAUGUAAACUGUUUCUUCUUAAUAAUGUGUGUUUUAUUUAUAUGUAAAGGAAUUUUUUUAUUAAAAUGUAAAAGAAAUUAAAGCAACAAUAAGAAAGUUGGUCGGUUGGAAAAAAAGUGUUGAUCAAGUUCAAUGCAUAGAACGUUUCUA